UUAUUAAGCAUCUUUAUAGAAUUCGAGGUAAACUAAAAGUUUUCUUUGAAUAAACAAUCAUAGCAGGUUGGCACCCUGCUUUCAAGUGUCUGAAGGAGUUAUCUAAAAUAUAAGUCAGUAUCAAAACAACCAGCUACCAACAUCAGAACAUUUUUAGCAUCGCAAACAAGGGACAAAAGAAUUCAACAAAAAAUUUCAUUUAAUGUAAGAGGUUGCGUAACUGAAUGUAUUAAUGUAUUGCAGAUUGCAACUUGAUUGUAGCCCAUAAAAGCUCUGUAAUUUCAACUAGAAAUAUGACCUCUAUAACCAAGAAAAACACAAAGCCUCUACCACUUGCGAAAAAUGUGACGGUGCAGAGAAGUGAACAGAUUUCCAUAAGGAACCUUCUGAUUUUCCUGAACAACACACUAGAUUGCGACUUGCGAAACAUGGAAGACCUGAAAACAGGGGCAGUAUACUGCCAAGUCAUCCACAGGCUCUUUCCCACGGCGAUUCAAAUCCACAAAGUCAAGUUCUACACGAACAGCAAAGUCGACUUUGAGACGAAUUUUCGGUUGCUUCACAUAAGCUUUGAAAAGCUGAAAGUAUCGCGGUUUCUUCCCGUGGAUGAACUCAUUUUGGGUCACAAUCACUUGGACUUUUGCAACUGGAUUUACAAGUUCUUCAAGCUCAACGACAACGGACAGGAGUAUGAUGCGAAAAAGGCCAGAAAGGACUCUCAAAUCGGACUCUGCAGAAGUCUCGAGAUUGCCUCCUUCUCAACUGGGAAUUUGAAUGCCAUGCACAAGUGUCAAUCGAUGAUCUUUAACUAUGCAAAAGACCUGCCCAGAUACGACAGAAGAAGUAGCUUGGAUCGGAGCAGCUAUCAGUAUUUCCGAUACAAAAAACCAGAGCCGAAAGAAGAAAAACCACUGCCGAAAUCAUUGAAUACGGUGGUGCCAAGAACAUCCUCAAAGACCUCUGAUUUUCUAUCUGAGAGCAAGAACGUUUCUUUACCUUCGGAUAGCGAAGAGGAACUGGUAAAGCAAAUACGUCAAUCUUAUAAGCAAAAUCGAUCAGAAGACAAAAUUAGGUUGGAAAGGAAAGCAAUGGCCGGCGUAUCAUUCACCAUUGAAGCCACAAAUAGUCCGGAGGACAUAAAACAGAAGCCAAAGCCAAGCGAAUUUACGUCUUGGAAGGAACUCAGCGAAAGGUGCGCUCAGAACAGAAGGGAUCAGCUUGUAAUGAUUGAGAACAUCAACGUACUAAAGUGCAAAUUAUGUAGCUUAAACUCCGAGAAGAUGAGGCUUACCGAGAAGCUGGAGAACGUGGCACAGUCCUUGAUAAAAAGCCCCGACAAUCCCGCCCACGCUGUCCAGUUAAUAAAGGAUAUCCUCUUCGAAAAUCCACCAGUGGUAGCAGUACGUCCGCGUCAACAACAAGAAUCUGGGGAGCCCAAAGAAGCCAACCCUAGUCCCAAUCCCAACCCCACAAUUCCCGCAAUGCCUCCGCGUAAUAGCAAAAACUCCAAGACUUGCAUCGAAUUUACACCUAAAGAGUCGAAGAACAGAGAUUCCGAUGAUUCUACAGAGGGACCUUCAGAAUGUCAACGUCGGCGCUGUUCUUGUAAGUCCAGGGAUACUCGUUAUAGGCGUGAACAUUCCAGCGUCUCAAGGGAAAGGAAUAGGCAUCAUCACCACUCCAGGAGACACAGGAGACAUUCCGAGGACUCAAUGGACGAGAACAAAUAUCACAGACGCCAUUCAAGAUCCUGCAAAGCUCGGGACAGUAAGCAUAGGCACCACUGUACGGAAUCAAAUUACAGGCAUAGGUGUCAUUCAAAGGAUUCGGAUUCGAGCAGAAAGCAUAGGCGCUAUAGACGAUCCUCCGCAGACAGAGAUUCGGAGAAUAGACAUAAGCAUUACUCAAAAAACUGCAAACAUAUUUCACGGCAGCGUGUUCGCCAUUCGAAAUCCAGACGGGAACCGGAUUCGGAAUCUAAUGACUCGGAAUCCUCGAGCUCCACAAAGGCAGAGGUAAAGGUUCAUAAUGAUCAAUCGAAGCAGAAACCAUAAGACGAUCAUCACAAACAUCAUAAAAUGCAACUCAACAGAUAACAAAUACGAAUCGAUGAUGAGGGUAAGGACUGACUUCCUAAUAAUUGUUUAUCCUGUUUAAUUGUUGCUGAAGCCUUUACGAAUUCACAACCCUUCUUCUGAAAAAAAGCUCAAAAGCAGGUGCUACAAAUUUCUGUUCCCAAUUUGCUAUUCAAUUCUUCCUUGCACCAAUCAAAAAAAUAGUUACAUAAAAACCUGAAGCGAUAGUGAAUGCGAAAACACGACGUGGUUGGAUCAAAAUUAUGAAGAUUUUUUGGAAACUAUAAUUUCUAUUAAUAAUAAAUUUAAUGAAGUAAACAAA